CUCACCACGCGAUUGGUGGAGCUCACCGGAAGGGGCGGAGCCGCGAGGGGAACGGGCCGGUGGCGGUUGCUCUGGGGCUGGCUGGAGCCCUUCGGCCCAAUGGCUGCUCUGAAGUACGCGGGGCUGGAGGACACGGACAGCGAGGAGGAGCUGCCUCCCGGCUGGGAGGAGCGGACCACCAAGGACGGCUGGGUUUACUACGCCAAUCAUCUUGAAGAGAAAACCCAGUGGGAGCAUCCUAAAUCUGGAAAGAGAAAACGCAUUGCAGGAGAUCUGCCAUAUGGGUGGGAGCAAGAAACAGAUGAAAAUGGACAAGUCUACUUUGUAGACCAUAUAAACAAAAGGACUACAUACCUUGACCCCAGACUGGCAUUUACCGUUGAAGAUAAUCCAGUGAAGUCUACUGCUAGACAGAGAUAUGAUGGAAACAGUACUGCAAUGGAAAUCCUUCAGGGUCGUGAUCUGAGUGAAAAAGUGGUUAUAAUCACUGGAGCGAAUUCAGGAAUAGGAUUUGAAACUGCAAAGUCUCUUGCACUCCAUGGUGCCUAUGUCAUUCUUGCCUGCAGAAAUAUGUCGAGAGCCAACAAAGCUGUACAACGCAUCCUAGAGGAAUGGCAUAAAGCCAAGGUAGAAGCUAUGACCUUAGACCUCGCUUCUCUUCACAGUGUGCAGCACUUCGCUGAAGCAUUCAAAUCCAAGAAUGUGCCGCUUCAUGUGCUGAUCUGCAAUGCUGCUGUUUUUGCUGCUCCAUGGUCCUUGACAGAAGAUGACCUAGAGGCCACCUUCCAGGUGAAUCACUUGGGGCAUUUUUACCUUGUCCAACUUCUUGAAGACAUUCUACGCCGCUCAUCUCCAGCAAGAGUUGUGAUGGUUUCAUCAGAAUCACACAGAUUUUCAGAAAUUAAAGAUUCCUCAGGAAAGCUUGACUUCAGCCUGCUUUCUCCAUCUAAGAAAGAGUUCUGGGCUGUCGUGGCCUACAACCGUUCCAAGCUUUGCAAUAUAUUGUUCUCCAAUGAGCUAAACCGCCACCUUUCUCCCCACGGGGUGACUUCUAAUGCAGUGCAUCCUGGAAAUAUGAUCUACUCAUCCAUUCAUCGCAACUGGUGGGUGUAUACCCUGCUGUUUACCUUGGCUCGGCCUUUCACCAAAUCCAUGCCAGCAGAGGCCAUAAUCAGGACCAGGUCCCUAUUUUGCUUGACAUUAUACAAUCGUACAGUAAAAGGUAGGCCUUGCCUUGGAGAGCUUACAGUCUACUUCAAGACAAACUGCAACAAGUGGAUGUUACAAAAAAACAAAUGGAAGUAUUGGAGAAGGGAUUUUGAAGGUAACAGUGGUAGAAAAUACAUGGUUACAUAGACUAGGUAUGUGUCCAGCUGGCUUGAUCUAUGUCUUUAAAAAAUAAAUUAUAAAACAAAAAUAUACACAAGGUUAUUAAGUUGACUUUAAAAUGACAUGGCUAAAUAGUCUCUCAUGUUUUUAAUUAAUGUAAAUCUGUCAUUCAAAACCCUUUCUGACUUUUUGCUAGACACAUGUACAAUUAAAAUUCAAUACAUUUAUCAUAAGAUUUAAACUUUGAUACAGAAUAUAUUAACUAGUGUCACCACGUAUGAUCUUGUCAGUGUACAGUGGCAUAUAAAAAAGGAAGCACAGUGCUAUUAUCACACUCUUGCUAUACUCUUACAUAGAACCAAAUAUUUUUGUUGGCAGGUAAUAGAGAAGAAAGAAUAUCAUGUGUUAGGGUUUCAAGAGCUUAACAGAUGUUUCAGUGAACUACAUUUUCAAAUCCUUUUACAUGAAAAAAGGUAUAGAAUUUGUAGAAGUUCUGAGAUGAUUGGGUUACGUUUCCUGUUGCAAUGCAAAGCCAGCCAUUGUAGUAGAGUUUUAACAGAUGUGCUACUCCCUUUUUAAUGGAUGGGAAUAAAAGACUGGUCUUUUGCAGAGUUAUAAAUUAUAGCUAGAAAAGCACAAGAUGUCAAUGUCUUAACCUCACCUAGCCAUAGCAGGGUAAUUCUGCCCUUGAAUAACCUGCCAGAGAUUUAUAGUUUCAAAAUUUUUAAAUUUCUAAGAGGUCAAUAGAUGUACAGCCUAUGUUUUUUCUUGGAAAAUAUUAACAUUUUAGAAUGGUGAUUUCACGAUUAAAUUAUGUGCUAUGGAGAAAUAUAAGGAAUGCAUUUUAGUUACAACCACAUCUCAGAUCUGGACAUCAGAAGUGUAGAUGAGGCAUCAAAUGUUUUGGUUUCAUGUCUGAUACUACCUCAAGGCUUUCAUUCAAAUAUUACGCGUUUAGUUUAUUCGAUAAUUUGUGCAAAGAAUUUAAAAUUUCUGUUUGUGUUGCUUAGUUGGCACUCUUGCCCCAAGCUGAAAGAUCCUGAGUUCAAAUGUCAGAUAAUGAUAUGAAGCUUUAAUGUUUCCAUGGCUUCUUUUAAAGAAUCUGGGAUAAUAUUUAUAUUCUGGUCAACAUUCCCUCUUAAAAUAAAUAGAAUUUAUUGUUCAAAGGUCUGUGUGGCUGUUGUUAAUUUCAUGUUGGCUGCCCUGAAUUACUGAACAAUUAGGCCCAAAUUCUGCCCUGAAAUAUGGAUAUAAAAUCUCAAGACAAGUCAUUGCAUGAGAGGGGUGUUUGCCAGACUAGUAUUUGGCCAUUAGUAGCUGUAUAGCUCAUGACUGAAAAGCACGUUGAGAUGUCUUGAGUAUGAAGAACAGUAGGUAAUUCCUUUUGAAAAGAACAAUACACCUUAGAGUCUGACCUUAGCAUUAUUUCCUGCUGAGUCCUUAGUUUACGAACAUGAUGUUAGAGGGGAAAGGGAGUAAAGCUGGACUGAGGACCUAUGGGGGAUUAGCACUGAUGUAAAGCUGCAGGUUGUGUGGUUCCUUUUGAAGAGAACACGUAGGAGUCUGUAUUUUUUUUUUUUUUUUACAUAAUUGCAUUAAACGUAAACAGGAACUAAAUGUUGAACUGUAGAUUCCAGCUCACCAGCUGACAGGGUGGCGGUGGCUGUAUCUCCACUCACAGGAUAACUUUUGUCCAGUUGUAACCCUUACUAAAUGCAAAUGGAUUUGUUUACCUGCCUGCAUAAUAGUAAUAGCUACCCAGCACACAGGGUAGAUGGAACCUGUAGAGCUCAAACUGUGGAGGGGAAAGAAAGAAGGCUAGUGCAGGGGAGUGUUCUGAUCUGAGAGUACUGGGAUGAGGGAGGAGGCAGGGAUCCGAGGUGGAUCAUCUCUCAAGCAUAGAGACACAAUUUCUCUCUCCAUUUAAAAUUUCUGGACACUACUAAUAAGCCAAAGUACAAUUUAAGUUAAAGAAAAGCUAUGUGUAUUUGAUUUCUAUUUUUUUAAAUAUAAAGUAGUGAAACUUACAGAAAAUUUGGGUUUAAAACCAAUGCAUUUCCUGCUGACUUUAAUGGGAAAAGAGUUUCUUGCUGGCCUGAGUUUUAUUUAUUUAUGUGAUUAUUUAUACAUACUACUUCUGUGUUAGAAAUAAGAUGGCAUGGUCUGUGCAGUAGUCUCAAACAUCAACAGCCUGUGAAAAAUUAAAACUUGAAGUGGUAGUUCCAAAAUAAAAUUUAAUAUGCGUGCUGUUAAAGGUACACCUACAUGUUUGGGAACUAAGUAUCCUACAUGUCUGAGAGUUAAGUUCUACUCUUUUCCAUUAAAAUAAGAGUAAUACACAGUAUAGGGGAGCAAAUGCUCUCCCUGCCCUAUCCCUCUACCAUAAGAAUGGAGGGCCUUGAUGGAAACAGAGCCAGUUCGGUUCCACUGCACACGGGGGCAGGGAUAGAUUCCAGAAGCCUGCCUGUGUGCCAUGCAACUCAGCUCUGCAGCAGAGUCUAAAUGUGUGGGUGUUGAACAGUCCAGCAGAUCCAUCACUUCUGCCUACCGAGGAAUGCAUGGCAACCAUGAGAGCAUCUACAGCCCAGACGUUUCAGUCUCUUCUGUAAAGCAGCUCUGCUGCUGUUGGAUGUCCUCAGGGAGAUGUUUCCUUUCACUCUCUUCCUCCCAAGAUCCUGGGGAACUCUAAAGUGCCCAGCCCAGCUUCUUGGACUUUGAGCUGGGGGCAGCAGUUGGCCCAUAAUGGUUGUACUCUAAAUAAUUAUACUAUAUCUUGAAACUGAGUAGCAUAUUUUCAGCAUUUCACCCUGGAAAAGCCUCCUUAUAUGAAACAGCUAUAUAUUUGUGGAAUGCCUGCAUGCACUUCAGUAACUUUCCAUAAUAAGGUUUAAAUUUCCCAUGUUGCAACUUCAUAUUCAGCCCAACAGCCCACCUGCUCUUCUGUUGCCUCCUCUUAAUCUGAGAUUUGUAGAUGAUUGCCCUCAGAGGUUAAUCAGCA